AUGCUCGGUCAUGAUCACGCAAAAGCUUACAAGUUCCCAACCCAGAAGUCACUUCUUGACCGCGAACUUGGGGGGACUACUGUUUACACCAUAAUCAACCGAGCAUAUCCAGUCUCAAAACAACUAGCACCAAGGCAGACACGCCUUCUCUCCUGCCGAAGGAAGACACUCUUCCGAGGUGCCAGGCACCUGCCGAAACUCCCGACUGCCAAAGCUCACAAACUGUUAAACCUAAUUCUCGUGACACGUGUCACCACCGCGGCGACUUGCACAGAGUCCCACAUCGGAAAUCUACACCAACCUCCAACUUUCACUUCCCUAUAA